UAUGUAAAUUACAUAAAAUUCACAUUCACCACCACCUGCAAAAAAACAACAUUUGAAAUUGCAUGUCUAACCUAUUUAAUUACCAGAUGCAAAUGUGUUGAAUAAGACUGCAGGUAAUUCAGAUCCUGAGAUUGGUAGUAAAAUUAUUAAGACUGAAAGAAUUACAGCAUUAAAGCAAAACAAAAAGUUUAACAUUAAGUAAGUUUAAAACAACAAUCAUAACAGAUUGUAAACAAAUCAUCCAAGACUAAUAUAAUAAGAAAAUGAUGGUUUAUCUCUGAUAUUGUAUAAAUAAUCCUAAACAACAACAUCAGAGAAAAUUAUCACAAGUAUCAUCUUAUUUAGAUAAUAGAAUAAUUAGUUACUGAUUUGAAAAACAAAAUAGAUUAAUAAGACUCUAUUAUUAGAUUAUAAGAGUUCAAAAUUAAUAGAUUAUAAUAGGAACUGUUAUCAUAAAAAUAUUAUUGCUCAAAUUUAUUAGCUAAAAUAUUUUAAAAUGAUCCUAAAAAUUAAUACAUUAAUACAGUCAAAGUACCUAAAUUAGGACAUUAAAUUUAAGAAAAUACUUAAUUAAGUUCAUUAUAACCAUCUUUGUUAAAGGCAUCAAAUAAUCAUGAUUAAACAAGUAUUAAAACUCUGUAAAAUCAAAUUAUAUCACUCAAAUUAUAAUAGUAAGAAUUAAAGAAGUUUAUUAAAGAUGCUUUUUUAUCAAUUAAAAAGAUUAUUUAAACAUUUGAUACUUAAUCAAGAGAAAAAAUUUAAGGAGUUCAAAAUGAACAUAAAUUAAUUUUAAACUCCCUUUAAGAAAUUAUCAAAACUAAUAACAUGUAAUUACUUGUUUUUUUAUUUAGAUAUAACAAAGAAGAAUUAAGUAAAAUCAAUUAAAAAGCUGAAAUUAUUUGUUAAGAGUAUAUCAUGUCAGAAGCAUAAAAAGAGGUCUACUAUUAAAAAUGUCUUUCAUUAUUAAGUUGA